AAUGCAGAAUUAUGCACUUUUGGGAAUCACACUUGUAUUAGUAGUUGUGUAUAUGUUAAUGACCACUAUUGAAAAGACUGGCUCAUAUUUUGGAAAAAGAUCAUCACUUAAUCAAAUAGAAGAUAAAUAUGAAUCAUUAAGAAAAUAAAGAAGAGAAAUGCUAGUAAGAAAUCAUUCUCAUUUUAGCAACACUAUUAUUGGGCUUAAUCAAAUAAUGAGAGAGAUAAAGAGAAGAAACUUGAAACUUAAAUAUUUAAAAUUGAUGAUGAAUUGGAAGAAUUGAAAAAUGACUAUGAAUCACUUAAAGCUGGAAAGAAAAUUCCUUUGAAGAAAUUAUGA